AUGCUUCUUUUUGAUGAAAAGGAAGAACAAAAAGAAGAAACCUUUUCUGAAAGAACAUUAAGUAGCAAUGAAUUCAAUCCUAACCAACUUGAGGAUAAUAAAAACGAGUGGAUAAUUAACCUUGAUAAAAUUAAUUCUAAUGAAUCAGCUAGUAAUAUUUUAAAGACUAAUCAGGCUUCAAAUUCAAAGACAAACAUUUCAUUAGGAAGUAGUAGUAUGUGGUUGUAUUUUAAUAAGAAUCCAGCUGAUGAUAUGUUAUUAUUUCUUGAACCUUUAGAAAGGACUACUAGAUAUUUAUCAGCAUCAUUUUAUCCAACAAUAGGUGAUAUUCAUCUUGUAUUUACAGGAAUUCAGAUACAUUUAGACAAAUAUGCAAAUGAUAAUAAUUUUAUAGCAAGUGAAGUAGCAGCUUUAAUAUCUAGUAAAAUUAAAAAAUAUUGGUUAAUUAUGGAUACCUAA